UUGCCUUCUCUCAUCAUAAACACAGAUAAAUCCGAAUUCAUCUCCUUCCGAUCACCCACCGACCAUCAUCGGAGUGAACUUAACCAUCCACACUUGUAACAAGUGCAAAAGAUGGCGAUGACUUCCACUCUGAUGCUGAUGCUGAUGCUCUUCUUGUCGCUGUUUUUACUUUCUUCAGAUGCUCGAUUGAUGAUGAUUCAACCUCAGAGUCAACCGUUGUUUCAAAUCAAUUCCACUCAGGAUAACGCGGCUUCCUGUUCUUAUACUGUCACUAUAAAGACGAGUUGUUCUUCUCCUAAAUACACUAGAGAUCAGAUUAGUCUCUCGUUUGGAGAUGCUUAUGGGUAUCAGGUUUAUGCUCCUAGGAUAGAUGAUCCUUCAACAAGAGCCUUCGAGCGUUGCUCAGUUGAUACAUACCAAGUUUCCGGACCAUGUGUAUACUCAGUCUGUUAUCUGUACCUCUACCGAACCGGACAAGAUGGCUGGUUACCCGAAACUGUUCAAGUGUAUAGUUCCUACACUGGCUACACAACCUUCAAAUACAAUACUUACAUUCCCAAUGGAGUUUGGUAUGGCUAUAAUUACUGCCAUCGUGCCAUUGGGUCAGCUUCCUCUUCUAUUGUGAGCUGGCUUACUACGGUUUCUGAUCUCUUUGUUGGGUCUAGCACUAGCUCUAGCUCUAGCUCGGGUGGUGGUGUUAGCAGCAGUUGAGUUUGGCUGUAUGAUAUAUAGACUUGUCGUGCUUUGGGUUUGAUGAAUCAUUAGCUUUCGAAAUAUGUAUUAAUGGGAAAUAUGGUGAUUGUUUAGGAGCGUUUAGCAAAUGUCGGAUUUCUGUUCGAGAGGUUGUAUGUGUUUGACUAAGGAUGCUAUUAAGGUUAAGUAUGAGUUGGUUUUGUAUUUGUUUUGAAUCUAAA